UUUUUUUUUUUUUUUUUUUUCUUCUUCUCCUCCUCCUCUCCUCCUCCUCCUCCUCCUCCUCCUCCUCCACGACGACGACGGGGCUUUUCUCCCGGGUCCUAACAAUGGAGACGGAGGAAACGAGGCCACCACCAGCACUGUUACCACACACACACACACACACUUCUUCACCAAAACCGUUGCUCGACGAAGAUUGUGUGUGUGUGCGCGCGCGCGCGCGCGUGUUUUAUUCGCGCAUCGACCUUGAGCCACGAAUUUAUGGGACGUUAUGUAAAAAAAUAAAUAAAUAAAACUCAAGAGCGGUCAAGUGCGCACAUACAGAGAUGAGUGAGGGAGUUUCAAACAUGGGCGUCGGGGAGAGGAGAGGAGAGGGGCGGGGCGAGCAGGCAGGCGACGACCGGGAGCUGCGAUGAAACAUGGCGGCGGUGUUGCACAUUAACAUUGUUUAAUCCUGUUAUCUGAUUAAUAGCGUUCAUAAGGCGGGCGAAGAGCUGGCAGUAACGUUAUAAAAAGCUUUAAUCCACUAACACUAUGUCCUCGACAUUUUUGUCUCUUCCCCUUCCCUUCCCCGAAGACUUUGCCCCUAUUCCCUCGUCGCACCGGUGGGCGGGAGAAGCGGUCCGUAAGUCGCCGCUUCACUCGACAAGAUGAACAUCAAUCAAUCAAAUUGUGACACUACGUCAACCGGAGCGCUUUCCACUCGACAUAUUUAGUGCGUAAUUCGGUGUAAAGCUCGUUUUUUCUCGUGCUCCACCGUGUCGAAAAGGCUCUCUGGCCGAAGCCUGGCUCGGUUUUGUCGGGUUUCAUCGGCUCUGCUUAUUGUUUUGUUGUUGUUUUUUUUGGUAGAAAGAAGAAGAAGAAGAAGAAGAAGAAGACAGUUGCAACGGCGGGCAGGAGAGGAGGGGGGCGUGGCCUCCGGGUUUAGAAAUUCUAUCCAUUGUUCCACUCCAACGCGCGAGGAGAACACCUCUGUGGAGCCCUCGGCCAAUCAGCGGCCGCCGACCUCCUCUAAACUCCGCCCACAAGCCUAUAUUAAAGGCUCGGCCGUCAGCAGCGUUGGCCACUGGCACAAUAUAACACUGAUUGAUCCGCUAACCAGGAGAGGGAUUUACUUUAUUCAACCUUUCAUUUCAGCCGUCCUUUAUUUUAUUGAACUAAAACAAUGGCAGACACACAAGUUGACUCCGGCUCGGAUAUCUCUGCUAAGGACCUGAAGGAGAAGAAGCUGGUGGAGGAGAAGGAGAACGGCAAAGACGCUGCCACCAACGGAAAGGAGAACGAGGAGAACGGCGAGCCCGAGGUGGACGACGAAGAUGACGAGGAGGUGGAUGAGGAGGACGAGGAAGAUGACGGAGAAGGCGACGAGGAAGACGAGGAGGACGACGACGACGAGACCGAGGGCGGCACAAAACGGGCAGCUGAGGAUGACGACGAAGACGAUGAGGACGACGUCGAAACCAAGAAGCAGAAAACCGACGACGACGAUUGAUGCGUUUUCCCCGAUCCUGCUGAACCACUUCCUGAUUCUUCGCCUCUGACUGUUUUUAUAUGUCGCAGGUGGAGGGGCUGGAGGACUGAUUUAAAGGGGAUAGAAAAAAUAAUAAUAAAAAAUAAAAAAAAUAAUCCAACAUGGUCAUUAGCAAGUAGAGUUCAACAAACAUCUACCACGUCCACACUCGCUCGAUUCCCCCCUCAAAACUGCAAAACAAAUUUUCUAGAGGAACCCGCCACCACAUCGACGCAGAAAUCCGGCUUCUCUUCAACAACAACAACAACACGAAAGGAGAAUUUGUUUGUAUUUUUAUUUACAUUUUAUAUUUUUGUACAUAUUGUUAGGGGGGGGGGUCAGUUUCUCUCUCUCGGCAGCGAUCUCGUCAGACCAAAUCGGUGCUUCUUUAACGAAAGAUUUUACUUGGUUGACCAUGUUACGAUAUCUCAACAGAUACUAGGGAAAAAAACAUGUAAAAACAGUUAAAAAAACAUGAAAGACAACCUCUUAAGCCGUUGAACUCAGAGCAUUCCAGUAAAUUUAAUGUAUGUACUUUAGCUGUACCAUAACUAGUUUGUUUGUAUGGGAGGGUAAGGCCAAAGAAAAGAGCCUCUUUUCUUUUUCCUUUUUAUUUUGUUUUUUGUCUGCGACUUUUUGUUUUAUGACGGCCUGUUUUGAUGUAUGUGCGAAGUUUGUUGUUUGACAAUAAACCGGACUUUUAUUUUGUGAGUUGUA